AUGGCUCGUUCGUCAGACACUGUUGAGGACUUCCAGCCUCAGGGCAUUGUGUCUGAUGAGAAAGAGCAACCGGAUGUGUCUCAGUACAAUGUUUACGGUGAGCCGAAGCAAGAGAAUCCGUUGGAGCCCACCGUUCCCAAGACGAACUUCUGGAGGAAAAUGUACAAGUUCUUCUACCCAGAUUGGUUUUUUGAUCAUAUCGGUUUGAAAGAUCUUAAGUUGGUCAUGCAAACUUGGAUCCAGGUGUGGCCCACGGUGCUUCUAUGCAUAUUCCCCAGGUCUGAGCAAUGGAUUGGUAAUGCGUGCUUUUUGUUCCAGAUUAUUGGCUUCAUCAUGGCUAAUGGUGGGUUCUCUGUUGUUAUCAACAUCGCUAUUGCCCUUGUUUGCGCCUUGUACGCUUGCAUCGGAUGGCUAUUCCUUAUUGUGUCUAGCGCAAUCACCUCACAUUUGAGAGGCUGGCCAACCCAAGAAGAAGUCGUUCAAAGCUUGAUCGCCGAUGGCACAUGUACGGCCCAGAACGCAGCAACAUGUUACCAAGAGCAAGUGACAAAAGGUCGCUUUUUGGAAACCCGAUGUACCAUCAUCUGGGUCUUUGCAUCUAUCUUUGCAUUUACUUUCUUCGGAUACAGUCAUAGGUAUCAUCCUCUUAUGAGACUACCUUAUGUUGCGGGCUCAAUUGCCAUUGUUAUUACUCUUGUUAAUUUUGUCCAGAUGCCGACUUUUAUCGGACCCACUAGUGCUAAACUUAUCAUGAAGCCAUUGCUUUUGGCUUUUGCCUUGAAAAUAGUGGCUGCUGUUAUCAUUUUCCCAUAUACAUCGAGCUCAACCUACCUUCGAGCUGUGGCCGCCAUUCAUGACUCAUUAGCACUGACAUGCGAAAAGAAUGCCAGUCUCUUCAAGACCUUAAAGCCUUCACUAAGCAGCUUUGAUAACCAUCACCAACUAGCGUCUGACAUUCAAGGAACAAGAGUUAAAUUGGGGCCAAUAGAAAUCUUCCUUAUAUCUGCUCGGUAUGAGAUCUCUUUUGGUAGAUUUGAUGCCGGAGACCUUGCUGAAAUUAGGUCGAGAAUCAAGCCAAUGCUUACUAUUUUGGCUGGUUACAAGUACUUUUACGAGCUUCUAGAUGAACGAAAGAAUAUUGCGCUCGAGUCCUUCAGUCGCAUCAAGAGAAGGGGAAGCUUAUCGAGUCAGACCUACUCGAGCUCCCACAACAAAUUGCUUGCAGCAUUUAGACAUACGUACGCGAAGGUCGGAGUUUUCGAAAACGAAAUGAAGAUUAACAGGAUGAAGGAACGUUUGCUGCAAAGAAAUGAGGAAGACAGGAUUUCUCUUCAUGAUUUGGAUGUCAUCUGUGACUACAUGAAAGAUCAGUACUCAGAUUUUCUUGAUGAAGUUCCGUGUACACUCAAGGCCAUAGCUUCGUGGUUCAGGGCUGCAAAUGACUUCAGAGCCUAUAGCAUAUUCAAGUGGUCCAAACAUGUGGAAGCCCAGAAAAGAGAGCAUGCGAGCCUUUUACAACAUUACGAUGCUUUGAAAGAAGAAGUUGGGAAACUUGAUCACUGCAAUGAACUCAUCAAAGGGCUUGCGAAUGAGCUUUCUGGCGAAGAGCAAAGGUUGUGCUUAGUGAGUCAGAGUUCGCUAUUCUUGUUUUUCUGUAAAGAGAUAGGAAAUCAUCUCCUUGAACUCUGUGAGGUGCUUCUCGACAUAGAUGAGACGAGGCCUACACCUCAAAUAAUCACAAUGUUCUCGAAUACUCGUCAUGACAAGAAAGUCACGGUUGAUCGCGAUUUAUUCGAUGACAAUCCUGUCGACGCCGGAGAAUACAAGGUUCAAAGGGUUUUGCAUGGAAGAGAUCCGGAUAUGCUAGAUCCAGAGAAUCUCUACCAAGCAGUCGUGAGUUGGGUUUUCAGAUCCUACCGCAAAUUAUACUACAAUACCCAUUUUUGGUUCUGGAUUCGACUGAGUGUUCUUUUGCAAUUCUGUUGCUUUCCAUAUUACUUUAGGCCGUCUGUCGAGUUCUACACCACGAAUAGAUUGAUUUGGCUACCUGUCACAUGUGCCGUUUCAAUCACCGAAUACACUGCCGAAACAGUUUACGGGUUUGUCGCUAAAGUGGUGUACUCUCUCGUUGGAUGCCUUGCGGGGAUGGUGGGAUGGUACAUUUCAACAGGCAGCGGCAAUGGUAAUCCAUAUGGUUACGGAGUGGUCACCGCUGUUAUUUAUUUCCUCACAGCCUACUAUCGUCAAUUUGCAGUUCAUCAGUCCAAAGUACCGAAUAUUAUGGUGUCUGUCACUCCAGUUUUGGUCUUAGGAACAAGCUGGACAGAUACAAGAGACGAAUUUCCGUCCAAUAUUGGAGCGGGCUGGAGGCCAGCUGUUACAAGAUUUGUCAGUGUGAUUGUAGGUUUGACUGUUGCGUUGCUCGCUAGUUGCUUACCUAAACCACGGAGUUCGAAGGUUGCUGUGAGGAGGAUCCUUGCAAACAUUUUAGAAUCAUCAAAUGAGAUGUUCUGCUUGAUUUCUGAGUUUGCUUUGCAACGAAUUGAUAAUCUGGACAUUCACAUCAAGCGUCGUCAUGACAAGGCCGGUGAUCAAAUGAGAGGUAUGUUGUUAUCUCUUGCACAAGCCAAAGCUAUGAUGGGAUUCAUCAAGUACGAAACGGCAUUCACAGGUAACUGGCCUACUGAAACUUACAGCAUUUUACAAACGUUAGUGACUGAUCUCAUACAACUUUAUUAUUUGAUCUAUUUGCUGAUCAACCAAGUCCAAGACACGGAAGAAUGGCUUCCCGUCAUGCUCGACAGGGUUGGCUGGACUAACUCUGACUUGGUUGCAGAAGUUCUUGCGCUUACCAGCAUGUCAGCUUUUGCUCUUCGACGUAAGUCACCGUUGCCAAAGGUGACCAAUGCUAACAUGUCACUGAAACAUUUCGAUGCAGUUAGUGCACAAUGGGGCGUAAGUAACGCCAACUUGAACGAACGAUUUUAUGAUGUAACCGAAGACGAAAGUGAAGAUUACGACGAUGAAGACGGAAAAAGCCAUCUCAGAAAAAGACAAAACAGAAUGGUGAAUUACCAGAAGUUACUUUCUCACGAUGGACAGCUUAACAUCGUGUGUCUCUUAGUAAUUCAUUUGGCGUACAAGAAGAUUGACGAGAUAGUCGUUACAGUGAAGGCUCUUGUUGGAGAAAAGUACGACGUGAGUGACGAACUCUUCAAAAUGAGACCCUACGACGAGUAA